AUGGCACCUAUGGUACCUAUGGCACCUAUGGCACCUAUGACACCAAUGGCACCUAUGACACCAAUGGCACCUAUGGCACCUAUGUUAUCUAUGGCACCUAUGGCACCAAUGGCACCUAUGGCAUCAAUGGCGCCUGUGGCAUCUAUGGCACCUAUGGCAACCUAUGGCACCUAUGGCGUCAAUGGCGCCUGUGGCAUCUAUGGCACCUAUGGCAACCUAUGGCAACCUAUGGCACCUAUGGCACCUAUGGAACCUAUGGCACCUAUGGCACCUAUAGCACCUAUGACACCUCAUUCUACGAGGGCCUCCGUAGCGACACUCACCCUAGCGAAAGGGUUAAAUAGUUUAAAUUCCCAUGACACGAAUUAUUAUUAA